AAUACCUCUUGUCUACAUGUUAUGAUUAGAAUUACCAAAAUUUAAUUGUUUAUAUUUUCUAAGAUACCAUUAUGACUUCACAAGGAAGAAGUGAUUUCACAAGUUUGCAUAUAAUAUUUAUAAUAAGCGGUGGUGUGCUGACAGUUAUCAUUUUGUUUAUUUUCGCAAAACGACAAAUCACAAGGUUUGCGCUGAGGUCUCGGAGAGGACCUCACGUCCCUAUUGGUACUGAUGCUAAGAAGUGUUUAAAGAAAGAGAUUGAGCGCCGCAUAGAAGCAGUCCCGCGCAUCAUGCACGAGCCCCGGCUGAUCAGUUCAGAACCCUCACAUUACAUACUAGAACCACAACAGCCGUAUCACUACCGCUUUAAGGCUGUAGAUGAUGUCAAGACACUAGAGGAGGAGAUAGCCCGCCAAGACCCAUGCCUCCGUCGGCACCCCCGCGAAUCCCUCCGCGGCUUCCUUCUCUCCUCCCUAGCGGCCCCGCUGGACGGCCGCGGCCAGAAGUUGGUACACCAGUUCUGCGACACGUACGAAUUCGCCCGUCAUCACCCUGGGGAGUUUGGGGACGAUGAGUACAGGGCGUAUUCGAGAUUGUUACUCAAGUUACUUGAUGCUGCCCGCCUCCUAAAAAGUGUAGGCACCGGCGCGUGCCGCUCGUCCCCGCGCUGCAGCCCGGUGCGGCGCGCGCGCCUGCUCGAGCCGCGCCGCGGCGGCGCGCCCAGGCAGCUCAACAACCAGUACACUGCCUUAGAGAACCUGCCCGCCGAUACGAAGAUAGAGGAGGACCUGAUCCGCGUCCCGGUGCGGAGCGCGGCGCCCGCGCCCGCGCCCGCCGACGAGACCGCCGUGUGAGCCCGGCCGCCCGCGCCCGCGCCCGCCUCCGCCACGAGGUGGACCAUAUAACACUACUCGCGGUCGCUACACAUGUGUCGUUCACGAGUGACUGAUAAGUGAACUAUAUCUUUUGAUUGAACUCACUCACUUGAGAUUUAACUCACUCAGUAACUCAUCUAUCUCAGUGUUAUUUCCUCCCUCUUUCCCAUAAUGAUUCGUAUUAGCCGGCCGAGCCAAACGAGACGAUGUGAAUAUGCGAAACGACCGUUUCGGAGCGGUUCGGAGAGUAUCGGGAAAAAAUGGCGGGAUCGUAUCGCGUCAUUCGCCAUCUUGGUCGCACUUAUGGAUAUGUGUAUUAUAAAUAUGAUAAACAUCUCUUUCACGCACUCUACAGUUUCACUUGAGCGAAAUAAGUGAUAUAUAUCUCCGCGAGCGAAAUAUAUGAAUAUUUUUUUUCAACUCAGUGAAGCAUUUUGCGCAUCUAUAGUUUCCACAUAUAGGCGUUAGUACAGUCACCAUCAUAUACAUGAGAUGCCCUAAAAUAUCUGAACACAUCUAACGCCCUGACAAUAGAGGCGUGUUCAGAUAUUUAUGAGCAGCUUGGCCGCUCCGAUAUAUCUGAUGGCGACGGUACUAUACCGAUCGAGGAACUAAGGCGAAGAACAAAAGUAAAAGACAUACUCGAGCGUAUCGACCGACAAAAGUGGAGGUGGACAGGUCACAGGUCACGCAGACAACAUGGAGCAAGUGACCCAUUGGUACCCACUCGGCUGCAAGCGCAAAAAGGUCAACAAAUAACCAGAUGGGAAGAUGACAUCCAGUUUAGGACCUCACUGGACCAGAGUUGCUUUGGACAGACUGCGCUGGAAACAGUUGGAAGAGGCCAUGCCGACAGGCUCACCACACUAAGAGACAUUUUAUAAUAUAGACAACUUAAUAUUGUAUUUAUAAGUGUUUCAUAUCUGGAAUAAAGGCUUAUUUGACGACCGGUUUGGCUUAGUGGGUAGUGAAGGGUCACUACCAGGCGUAGGCAGGGGCCUACGAAGCUGAUGGUCCCGGGUUCAAAUCCUGGUAAGGGCAUUUAUUCGUGUGAUGAGCAUGGAUAUUUGUUCCUGAGUCAUGGGUGUUUUCUAUGUAUUUAAGUAUUUAUAAAUAUUUUUAUAUUAUAUAUAUCGUUGUCUAAGUACCCUCAACACAAGCCUUAUUGAGCUUACUGUGGGACUUAGUCAAUUUGUGUAAUAAUGUCCUAUAAUAUUUAUUAUUUAUUUAUUUAAUUUAAUUUAAUUAAAAGUGUAGUAGAAUCAAAGUGCGAUUUAAUUGUGCUAUCCGUAGUGUAGCAUUUUACAUAGUGACUUAGCUUCAGACUAUUUGACUUCAUGUGUUUAGUCUGUGAACUCUGUGGACCUGACACACCCUGUAGCGGGUCCUCACAGAUAACGUAUCUACCCCUAAAUGGGUAUUUUUUAUCCAGGAUGGUCACCCUGUAGCGAGAAUACAGAUCAGAGAUCAUUUAUCUUAUAUACAGUGUAACCCCACGAACCCGAAAGAUUUUAACCACGCAAUUCUCGAGGCCAAAAGAGGGCAAAAAUGGUAUAUGAGUUUAAGUAAAUAAAUUUUUUUUUCUUAUUUUUGCACGUAUUUUACAUAAAAAUUUUAUGUUAUGUAAAACUGGCACUGAAAACGAUUUUUUACGUUUUUUUUGUUGUAAAAACUGGUUUUUGCAAAUGUUACUUGUCACUUUUUGACAUCUAUCAACAAGGAUAUUUAGACUACGCCCCAUAAUGGCUUCACCGCCAUCAAAAAGAUGUUUUUUUUAUUGGUCUUCUUCUCUUCUUAGCCCUUUUCAAUCUUUGAGAUGUAGGCCUCCUUCAAUUUUUGCCAUUCUGGUCUGUUUUGCGCUCUAUGUACCCAUUUCGAUCCAGCUGUUCUCUUCGUCAUACCAACGCAUUUUUGGCUUUCCUGCUGGGAACGACUCUCCUCAAGGUCUCCAUCAGCCUCUUGCACCACGAGCCGUCUUUUCGGGCCACAUGCCCAGCCCACUCCCACUUCAGGUUUGGCCAUUCGCCUGGUUACAUCAGUGACUUUACUGUGUUCUCGAAGCCACUUGUUUGGUUUCCUGCUCCUAAGUGAGAUUCCUACCAUUCUUCCUUCCAUCGCCCUUUGGGUUACUUGUAAUCUGUGCAAGAUUUCUUUUGUAAAGACCCAGGUUUCCGCUCCGCAAGUACACGUGGGUAGGUGGAGCACGUACGACUGAGUUUUUAGGGGGUUUGCUUCUUGGCAGUUCAUUUCAUAGUACCUCGUUAGACCCUUUAAGGCCGCAGAGAGUGAUUUUUCUGUUCCCUCAAAGCUAUCACUUUGGGUCGCUAGCGCUAGAUCAUCUGCGUAUGCGAACCGCUGGUUUUGGGCAGGACUGGCUGAUCAUUGGUGUAUAUGUUAAACAGUAUCGGGGCAAGCACGCUACCCUGCGGGAGACCGUUUUUUUUGCGAGCGCCAGCGGCUUUUUCAGACUGCAGGUGGACUUCAAAUCGGUUGUUGUGGAGCAGUUCGCGAAGAACGUUCGUAAAUUCAGCAUCUCCCGUCAUACCAUUAACCUUCAGGAGCAGCCGUUGUAUGUUUACAGUGUCGUAUGCGGCUGUUAGAUCCACGAAGACCACUCCCGUAACCAAGCCAUGCUCGAACCCAUCCUCUAUGUGUUGUGCUAGCUUUAAUAUUUGACUCGUGCUUGGCUUUCCAGGGCGAAAUCCCGCCUGUUCUGGGAUUAGUUGCGGUUCGAUAAUCGGGACGAGGCGGUUUAGAAGUAAUCGCUCUAGCAGCUUAUAGGUGUGGCACAACAAAGAUAUGGGACGGUAACUUUUCGCAUCCCAGGGGCCCUUUCCUGGCUUGAGAAGUGCGAUCACUUUCGACUUACGCCAUGCUUUUGGUAUUUUGAGUGACGAAAGACAGCUGUUAUACAAUUCCAGGAGCCAGUUCCUGGCUUUCGCCCCAAGAUGUUUGAUCUGAUGUUUGCAGCUUUACCAUUUUUAAGUGAUUUUAUGGCAGUCUCAAGUUCGUGGUGGGAAAAGGGCUUGAUGAGAUUAGUGCAGGUCUGUUGGUUAACAGGUACUGGUGUCGGUUUGGGCAGGCGGUCAGUGGGUUUACCAUUAAGCAGAAGUUGUGUAGCUACCUGGUUAGCCGAAACUUGGCCUGGAUUUGUUGUGGGUUUCCUGUAUGCAUAGAAUGUCGCAUUGCGUCUCGCGGCACAUUUCGGAGAGAAGUUGUGCUUUGUCUUCCGAGAAGCCCUCUAUGUUUAUAGAGAUGACAGUCAGGGCUGGCGCUGAAAAGUGCCUUUUUUGAUCACAUGUAUUUGUAUUCGCAUUGGAACUUAGUGAAACCAUCGUGGUGAAAGGAUUCGCCGGUCAGCACAAGUGUAGACCGUUGCCCGAGGUGCGCCAGACGCUGGGAUAUCUCUUAGAAAAUAUCAGUUGCUCGUAGUGCGUCGUGCGGGGAGGCUCCUUCCAUGCACCCCCUUUAUGCACUGCCUUUUGCCCUUUGUCUCGUCUUGGCGGGGCACGGCCGUGCCCCCAGAUAUAAUAUUGGAAUAUAUAGUAAACGCCCCGAUAAUGGAACAGGCACCAGUAAUGGGAUCGUAUAGACAAAUCCUGUAAAACGAGUAUUUACCAUCAGUUUUUAAUCGCUGAGCCAAAAGAGCCAAAGAGCUGCUUAACUUUAAUUUUUCAUUGAUAUUUGUUGCUUUGAAAAUUAAUGGCGCCAUACAUCCCAUGACUGGAGCAAAAAACCAUAGGAAAUUUUAAUUGGUUAAUAAUAUUGAAACCAAUUGCAGUAGCUUUCAUUAAACACAUAGAAAACAUAAAGGACGAAUUGGACAUUCAACUUUUAAUGCAUAAAUAUGUAAAAAAGUUACAGGUGUCGGUGAAAUAUCAAGAAUACAUCAAAUUUUCCCAUGAUUGGUGCCGUUACAUAUUAGAUAAUUACUCAAAAGGGCGUAAAAUACGACCAAGUAUUUAAUCGUAUUUAUUUUUUUAUUUAUGUAAUACCCUACAACAAAUUACAACAUUUUAAGAGGAAACAUUAGUGAUCAUAUUUCCAUAGAAACGUUCUCGACAUUUCCCUCUCUGGAUUUUCGGUCUAGAUGAAUAUUAUUACCAUUACCUGUGUCUGUAUGUACGUUUUGCUUUUUUGAUAUACUGGUUUUUAUAAGAACUAGGUUACUUCAAACAGCGCGUAAAAUGGCAAAUAAAAUGCGCCGUAAACAGACGCCUU